AGUAAGUGUAGCUUAAUCUCGGUUUGUUCAGUUUACAUAGAGAAACUAAUUCGGUCAUGUCCAACGAAGUUCGAUUAAGUAAACGGCUCUCUUGGCUGUUGCGCCAUGGAGCCGUGCAGGAAGGAAUUCCCUUACGUUCAGACGGAUUUGUGUCUGUCCGCUCCAUUUUGGAACAUCCAAAAUUUUCUCGAGACUUUAAUUUAAAAACACUGCAGGAUAUUGCAAAAAAGGAUCAGAAGAACCGCUAUAUGCUGAAACAAAAUAUCGACGGCUCUUGGGAGAUACGUGCUAACCAAGGUCACUCAUUGGACAAUAUAAUAGGAUCGCAUUGUUUCCAGCGCAUUUACAGCUGCGAUGAAGUUGAUAUAGCGGUACAUGGCACAUACUACCGUUAUUGGGAACGAAUACUCUUAGAGGGUCUUCGCACUAUGAAACGUGCAUAUGUGCAUUUUGCCGUGUACGACGACAACCACAAAUAUAAUGAAAAGAAUAAUGCCGUAAGUGGUUUUCGUAGUGAUUGCGAGCUGCUGAUAUAUUUAAAUGUCCGGAAAGCUAUGGAACACGGCGGAAUGGAAAUUUAUCGCUCCGCAAACAAUGUUAUAUUAUGUGCGGGAAUUAAUGGUUGCAUAUCUAAGGACUACUUUCAAAAAGUUGUAGACCGACGCACUAAAAAAACCUUGUCGUUUUAGUUACUUGUUCAACUUUGGUUUUGUAGAUCGUAAUAUACUAUUUAUAGUAAUUUUUUCCAAAAAAAAAAAAAAUAAC